GAUUGUUGGAUAAUUGUAGCGUUGCGGUGGCAUUAAUGGCGUCCGGCGCUGCUCAUUUUGGUUCAUUCUCGUAGCCUACUCCAUUUUGUGUUUGUAUCCUUGCUUGAUCAGGCAUGGCGUACCGUCGACGACAAGGAGUUUCUAGGUCUUCGACGUUUAAGGAAGAGAUUUAUCAUCCUCCGAACAAUGACGCCUCCUCUUCCUCCUCUGUCAUCACCUCUCCGUCAUCAUCUCUCGCCUCUCAGGCGAUUCGAGCUUCUAUCGCUCACCGAAGUUCUUCUCUCUCCUCUGGUUAUGCCAAUUCGGCAUUUCAAGACAGAUCCAAGGAAGGGAUUACCAUUGUAGACAAGAGAACUCACAAUAUCAAAGAAGUUUGCGAGCAGAACAUAUUUGCUGAAUGUUACUACCUCCGCCCUAAAAUAAUUGAAGGGAUUACCAUUGCAGACAAGAGAACUCACGAUAUCAAAGAAGUUUGCGAGCAGAACAAGAAAACUGAAACAAAUCAUGAAGAAUUUGGUAUGCAGAAUGAUUGGCAGGAUGCUAGACCAACAAACCAUGUGCAUCAACUCAAGGCAUCUCGCGACGUAGCCAUUGCAACAGCAGCUAAAGCGAAGCUUCUUCUUCGGGAGAUUAAAACUGUUGAAGCAGACUUAGCUUUCGCAAAACAAAGAAGUUCUCAGCUAGAAGAAGAAAAUAAAAUGCUUCGAGAGGCUCGUGAAAAAGGAGACCACCCUGGAGAUGAUGACAUGAUACGUCUCCAACUCGAGACACUUUUGGCCGAGAAGGCUCGUUUGGCUCACGAGAACUCUGUAUACAUACGUGAGAAUAGCUGUUUGAGGGAAAUAAUCGAAUACCACAAACUGAGUAUGCAAGAUGUUGUUUAUUUGGAUGAAGGUAUUGAAGAGGUUGCGGAAGUUAAUCCUGGAAUUUCCCGGACACUUUCCGUUUCACCACCAUCACCUUCAUCUCCACAUUCGCCUCAAAAGAGAAAUAUUCCGUUUACAAGCACAUCCUCGAUUGCUGCAAGGGUCGAGGUUUCGACCUUUAAAGACCAACCAUCAGGUACUUAGCUUCAUUGGUGUUUCUCUUUUAAUUCUAAAUCAUGACUACA